UUUGGAUCUAGCAGACACAGAGGGCUGAGCGAUGUUCCGAAUGACAAGUGGUGAUAAACAGAGAGGAGGGGGAUGUCAGUUAUUUACAACUUCAUCACAGCAUUUUAUAGAAUUCAAGGUAUAUGUAGUAACAAGAUGCAGUAUAGUGGAUUCAAGAUGAACAGACAUUCUUUUUUCUAAUAUUAUCAAUCAAGAUUGUAAAUUUUAAUGUCUUAAAUAUAUUUUUUUAUGAAAGAGUUUUUAUAAAGUUUAUUACCAAUGGCUACCAAAAGUCCUGAUAGGGUGUCAUCUCUGGAGGCCCAUAAUCAUACCUUGAAGACAAAUUUAGAAGAAAUGCGAGCACAUGUUGGACAAUUAAAACAAGAACUUGAUCAAAAACAGAGCACUGUGAAGCAGUUAAGACGAGAGAAAGUUUUAGAAAUUAAACAAUUGCAACAGGAAAAUGAAAAACACUGCAAUACUCUCAUUAGUGAUUUGAAGUCUAAACUUCUCAGCGAAAAGAAAAGGGAGUUAUUCAACUUAAAGGAACAGCUUACAAAACUGCACAACACAGAAAUUAACAGGAUUUCUCAUACUAAAGAUGAAGCGUUAAAGAGAUUCAAAAUUGCAGCCCAAAAAGAAAAAGAGGAUUUCUUUUUAAGGAAGAAACAUGAAUUGUUAGUAGAAGCGAAGGAAGGUGCCACUAGGGUAUUUGAAGGAGAAAAAACGAAGCUUCUCCAAGAAGUUGACGAAUUGAAGAGGAGCAAGAAGCAGUUAGAGGAAGAGUUAAGUGUGACUGUGAAUGCAGAUAAACAGAAAGCAAUGGAUUUGAGGCGAUCACAUGAAGAGCAUUUAAGAGUACUGGAACAGAUUAGAAAGGAAGCCAAGACAGAUAUUCGCAGACUGAUUGAAGAGUUAAAAUCAAAAGACCGAGUGAUAGGUGACCUGGAAAAGGAGUUAGGUCAUCAAUCAAGCUAUUCUCAGCGUCUUCUGCUGGAGAAGGACUCCCUGGGAAACUUGCUCAAUCUGACCAAGAUGGCUGAAUCGUGGGAGAAGAGAUCACCAAGAGCCCUCAGUGCAAUGAAAAAAAGUUACAGUCUGGAUCUAGGAAAUUUAGCGGAUAAUGAAGAUUCAGAUAAAGAAAGACGUCUGCAAUUGAGAUUAUCAGAUUUAAGUAAUACAGUACGGAGACUAGAGGACAGGAAUCGACAGCUUAUGGAUGAGAAGACAGACAUAGAAAAGAAAAUGGCUAGCUCUCCCACUGGUUUUGCAUCUAGUUCCCAAGCAGAGAAGACUAGCAAA